AUGGCGCUGGGCGAUCAGGUGACUGUGAGCGGCGAUAUCAGUGAACAAAUCGCUGACGCAAUGCGUGAUGUCGAAAUUGAUGAAUCGCGCCAGGCUGUUGGGGAUAUUUUCUUCGAUACGCACUCACCAGGUAUCAAACGUAAACAGUCCAGCAAAACUGCUGUUGACGAGGAGGAUUUUGAUUUCGAUGAUUUCCGAUAA